AUGUUUGAGGGUUUCGAUAAUAAUACCGGCGUCGAUUAUUUUCUCGUACCCAACAUUAUUCACUAUAUACGUUGGAAUAAAACAACAUUUGAUUUUGUCGAUAUUGUUUGUAUACGUUCUGCCUAUCUAGCACAAAAACCGGAUAAAAUAUAUAUACAUACGAAUACACCAAAUUUUAAUGGUAAAUAUUGGAGACAAUUGAAAACAAAAUGGCCAGAUUUAUAUCGACGAAUUGAAAUUACAUUAAAUAUACCACCAACAUCAAUUUGGGGACAAAAUUUUAGUUCAGAGUGGCAUUUGUAUCAUGCUAGUGAUGUUGAGCGAGUCAAAAUCUUGAUGAAAUAUGGUGGUAUUUUUGUCGAUAAUGAUCUUUAUGUAGUUCGAAAUUUAGAUAAAUUUCGACAUUUUGAAAUGACACUUAGUUGGAUGGAAAACGAUCCGAGUCUUGGCACAAUGAUCUAUAUAGCAAAUAAACAAGCACGCUUUCUUCCACUGUACAUUGACACUUAUCGUGAAUAUAAUGGAUCACAUUGGUAUUGGAAUGCGGGUACUAAACCAGUGUCAGAUAUUUUGUUAAAACGACCUGAAUUGAUUCAUCGUGUCAAAGAAUUAUUUGGAACAGAAACAGAUAUCGCAUAUGAUUUGUAUACACAAUAUUGGCCUAGAUGGAAAAUAUAUUAUUCUAUACAUUUGUGUAUUCAUCAUCGAAUUUAUAUGUUCGAGAAAGAGUAUAAAGAAUUUCCAGUGUUUAAUGAGAAUACUAUCUUGCAUUAUAAUUAUACGUUCGGUGAGAUGGCACGAUUGGCAUAUUUUGGCAAAUCAUAG